GGGGCAAACUGGCACAGGAGUGACGACUGCCGACUUCAUACCCGCAUACGGACGUUCAAACCGCUCAACCUGCAUCGUAAUUUGAAACCAGCCAAGGCUUGCCGACUACUCCAAUACAAGCCUACCAACUGUCACCAAGUCUCCCACCCAGACACAUAUCCCUCUUUCGACUUCAACGCCGGAACUGAAAUCCUGAGAGGCCCGUAGACGAAAUACCCCGCCGGUCAAAGCUUUCUGUAUAGUCUUCUGGAACUUAAUAGGCAUCAUAACUAUGUCUGGAAAAUUCGAGCCCAAGGUUCCUGUGAAUCUGAACCCUCCAAAGGACGAUCCCAUCUCCGUCGAUGAGCUGUCCAAAGCCGAUGGGUCCGACGGACAAAAGUGUUACGUUGCCAUCAAGGGCAAAGUCUAUGACGUGAGUGGUAACAAGUCAUACCAGCCAGGAGGGUCCUAUCAUGUUUUUGCGGGGAAGGAUGCUUCUCGUGCGCUGGCCAAGUCGUCGGUCAAGGCAGAGGAUGUGACCAUGGAAUGGAAAGACCUGGAUGACAAGGAGCAGACGACACUUGAAAACUGGAUCACGUAUUUCUCCAAGAGAUACAACAUCGUCGGAGUCGUCGAAGGUGCUACCAACAUGGAAUAAAUCGGAACGGUCUUCGGCAGGCUCAGAGGGGCGAAGAUGGAUGGUUGUGUUCGGAGGGAAGUUGUUGGUUGGUGUCCUGACACGGCAUUUGUGAAAAUUUUAGAAACAUGCAGCUCUCCCUCAGAAUGGAUAUUCUCGUCU